AUUUCCCUCCCCUCGCCCUAGUGCGGCGGCGCGCUCUCCGCGCAAUUUGGCUGGGGACGGGCGGGGGCGCGCGCUCGGAGCUCCAGUGCCAGGGGUCGGCGGCGCGCUGCCAAAGGGCAGCGGGGGAGGAGGGAGGGCCGGGUGAGUUACGAGUCGCCUCGGCAGCCGCCUGAACUCGGAAGUACAGAGAAAGAGAGAGGGUGGUUGUGCACGUCUUUGCCGCCGCCCGGGACAGCCCGGAGGACAUUUCCUGAAUUUUCCCAGGAUCUGGCAACAAGUAGCAAUGCUACCCAGAUGGGAAUUGUUUCUCUACCUGCUUGUUUCUCUGGGUUUCCACUUUUAUUCUUUCUAUGAAGUCUACAAAGUUUCUAGAGCUCAUGAAAAGGAAUUGGACCAAGAGUUUGAGCUGGAGACAGAUACUUUAUUUGGAGGAUUAAAGAAGGACCCUACUGACUUUGAAUGGAGCUUCUGGACAGAAUGGGGGAAGAAGGAGCUGGCCUGGCUUUUUCUUGGCCAUGUGGCCAUAUCUCAAGUUGCCAUGCUCCUCAUUAGAAAGUACAGACCCUGGUUUCUCAUGAUCUAUGGAAUGGGGGCCUGCUGGUACCUGCUGGGAGCUCAUGGACUGACUAUGGUUUUCCUCCACACCAUCAUUUCCUUCUCUGUGGCCCAGUUUCGGUCUACGCUCUCCUCAUGGCUGUGUUCCUUGUUGCUGCUUUCUACACUGCAGGUUCAAGCUCUAGAAGAUGUUAAGAGAGGAUGGUAUAAAACAGAGAAUGAGUAUUACUUACUGCAGUUCACCCUGACGGUUCGAUGCCUCUACUACACCAGCUUCAGCCUUGAGUUCUGUUGGCAAGGACAUCCCCCUGAGGGUUCCUCCUACUCCUUCUUCUGGUUAUUGGCCUAUGUCUUUUACUAUCCAGUCUUGCACAAUGGUCCCAUCAUCAGCUUUACUGAGUUCGUCAAGCAGAUGCAGAAUCAAGAAUCUUAUUCCCUAAAGGCCAAUCUUUGCAUUUUUGUCCUGGGAAUAGGUCGUCUUCUCUGCUGGUGGUGGUUGGCUGAAUUGAUGAUUCAUUUGAUGUACAUGCAUGCCUUGUAUGGUAGUACUUUCCUUCUGGAAGCUGUGUCUUCUUGGGCCUUAGGUGGAUUAGCAUUAGCCCAAGUACUCUUUUUUUAUGUGAAGUACUUGGUCCUUUUUGGUGUUCCUGCCCUGGCGAUGCAGCUGGAUGGAAUCCUACCUCCAGCCCUUCCCCGAUGUGUGAGCACAAUGUAUAGCUUCACUGGAAUGUGGAGGUAUUUUGAUGUUGGGCUUCAUAAGUUCCUAAUCCGGUACAUCUACAUACCAAUGGGAGGCUCCCGCCAAGGAGUACUGGGAAUGCUGUUUUCUACAGCGAUGACUUUUGCAUUUGUGAGUUAUUGGCAUGGAGGGCAUGACUACCUGUGGUGCUGGGCAGUGCUGAACUGGUUAGGCGUGACAAUGGAGAAUGGGAUCCGAAGGCUUCUGUCAACCCGCUUUAUUCAUAACAGUUUGGUGCAGCAUCUCUCCCCACAAAUUCGCCGUCGACUGCAUGCCACUUUGGCCGGUGCCUCCACCUCAAUGCUGAUUCUGUCCAACCUGGUAUUUCUUGGGGGAAAUGAUGUUGGAAGAAUCUACUGGAACAGAAUCUUCUUACAAGGUUGGCCAUGGGUGAUCCUCUCGGUUACGGGAUUCCUGUAUUCCUAUUCCCAUGUGGGCAUUGCCUGGUCUCAGACUUAUGCCACAGACUAAUGCUACAUGCCUCCCAGACCUCCAUUGUAGAAAGUUCACUUUGACCUCUGAGAAGAGGAUAGUUUGGAGUAAGAGAAAAUUCAGACAAUGGAACCAUUGGCACCAAAAGUCUCUACAUCAUGACUUCUGACCUGAAAGACUAUUCACUGAGAAGAACUCAGGAGCCGUCUUCUACAUUAUCUGCACUAUGUCUGCCCAAUAAACCUCCACAGGAUGCCAAUCCAGGGUUGAGAACUUGAAAUCACAUGGCAUAUUUAAAAACCAUAGGAAUUUUUAAUGGAAAGAAAUUUGGAAUACGAUGAGAAUGUUAGAGCCAGAGGUGCUGGAACCAUCUUGUACUGAACCUUGAGAGUCGAUGGUUUAAUUUUCUUUGUGAGCAUUCAUAUCCAGAAAUUAGCAAGCACUACAAAUCAGGGCUCAACUUAUUGUUUUGCUGAGUAUCCAGACUUAAGUCAAAGAUGGAGAAAAAUGUCAGUAAUGCACAUUCAAUUUAAGUGUAGCAUAGGUUCUUUUGUCCCCAAUAUUUACCAGCACACCAGUUUUAUAGCUCCUAUAUGGAAUCAUAAGUUUUGGAGCUUUAAAGUGUCCUUGGUGAUCAUUUAAUGAGUAAUUCCUCCUCCUCCUCCUCAUUUUGCAUAUUAAGAAUUUGAAGACUGGAGAAAUGAGGCAACUUUCCAAAGGUCACACUUACACUAAGUAGCAGAGUGGGAUUCAAACCCAGUUCAUUUGACUCCACAUUCAGUGCUCUUUCCAUUGCCCCAACAAGUUGUUCUUUGUUUAAGGUAGUGACACAAAAAUAUAUGUGUGUUUGCAUGAAAGCAAGAAAAAAGAGAGAGGAGGAGGAAGGGGGUAGUGGGGAGAGAGCACAGGACAGAAACAAUUUAUUUGCUUUUUUACUAUUUGAAUUGAUUCUGCUUUGUUAAACACUAACAUUUUCAUGAUUUCCCCCUUAUUAUAUGUUUUUUAUCAAUGGUUCUUCAGCUUAACAUAAUUUUAAGGCAAUAUUUACUAAUUGGUAGCUAGAGCAUCCUACUGAUUUUAUGUGUUUUGUUUUUAUUGAUGGUUAUUAAAUUCACAAUAUUUUUAAAGAUGGUAACAUUUACUGAUUGGGUAAAUAGGACAUUCCAUUGAUAAUCUUGUUUCCUGAAUAUUCAGUGGACAUUAAGUGCCCACCAGAGAAUGUGAAUCGUUUGGGCCUGAGGAAGGCUCAAUGAAAAUUCUCACCCCAAGUUGUGUUAGCAUACUUAGUCCACAUUCUGUGCACACCUAUGGUGCCUAUCAUGUGCAGACCCUGAGAGAGAUUAAAAAAAUAAACCAGAAUGAAAUGUGGUCCCCUGAAAAGAGAUAUAUAGACCAAUAAGGAGAUAACACAUGCACAUACACCCAAAUAAAAAAAAUAGAUAACUAAUACAUAGCACAACACAUCUUCAGAGAGGUGCAAGUAAAGGUUGUCUGAUUACUUGACAGGAAUGUUGCAGAGAAUUCUUGUUCUGGACUUGGUUGGGCUAGAAUAUCUCUAUAGUCUCUUCUAAUUUUCUAAUUCUAAUAUUCAGUGAUUAUAAAGGAAAAAUUCCUUGCCAACACAACUAGGGAAAGGAGGAGAAGAGGGAAAGAAGUGGAUUAGGUAUGCUCAACAGAACCUUAAUCUACCUCGAGUCGUUUUUUCAAACUUUUACUCUUUGUCUUAGAAUCAAUAAUAAGUACUGGUUCCAAAGCAGAAGAGGGGUAAGAGCUAGGCAGUUGGGGUUAAGUGACUUGUCCAAGUUCACACAGGAAGUCUAGGAGGACAGACUUGAACCCAGGCCUGGCUCUGUCCACUACACUGUCUAGCUGCUGCUACUCUCCCUAGUUCUCUUCAAGGUUUAACUCAAGUGCCACCUCCAUUUUUGUAAUAAAUACUUACUCAUCUGUAUAAAUGUCAUUUCCUCCCAGUAGAAUGUAAACUGCCUAAAGGCAGGGACUAUUUCAUUUUUUGUCUUUGCAUCUUUAGUGCCUGGCACUGAAUCUACUGCCCAGUGUAUUUCUGUAACAUUUUAACCAUGUUUCAAGGAGAGAUGCCUCUCCUGUGUCCUGCCAUGUAUUUACCAGAGCUGUCGCUUGCUACUUGUGUUCCUCAACAGAGAAUGAACAAAGCCAAUCAUGCAUUUUUGACAAGAUCCUCUGGACAGAUAAGGAAAAUUAAAAAAAAAAAAAACACAAAAAAGCUUUUUUCAUUGAUAUGGAAAGCCUUCUAUUUUUUCCCAAUUUAAUGCUUAUAUGUGAUUAUUGCCUCACAUUCCUUAUUUUGCCAUCACAGCUGAGUUGCCACUCCCAGAGUACAGAAAGCAAUGGGACUAUCAAUUCAAUGGUGUGUAUUUCCAUGUUGUCAUUGUUGAGUCAUUUCAGUUGUGUCCAACUGAAAGGGGUCUGGGACUCCAUUUGAAGCUUUUUUGACAAAAACACUGUGUGGUUUCCCACUUCCUUCCCCAGUCCAUUUUACAGAUGAUAAAACUGAAGCAAACAUGGUAAACUAGAAAGUGUCUGAGGCUGGAUUUGAACUCAUGAAGGUGAAUCUUCCUAACUUCAGGCCCAGUGUUCUAUCUACUAUGCCACCUAGCUGCCCUUUUAUUAUCAUAAGCAACAUUAACUGACAUUCCUGGUCCCCUUUAGGGAAAAAGCUCUGAGCUUGUAUUGGACAAAUAUAUAGCUUCCUGUCUGAUAAUUUUCCUCACCUUCUCCUGAGUGCUUCACUCCUCUACAGAAAUCUUCAGUAGCUUCCUCUUCUCCCCCUGGGAUCCUUCCAUGUAAGACUGUUCACAAUGUAGUUCCAACUCCCUUUCUAGUUUUAUGUCAUACUACAACUCCCUUCUGCAUACACUACAUUCUAUUCAAACUAGAACCAAUUCCCUGGCCCCCAUUCUCCUGUCCUUUCUCCCAUCUCUGAACUUUGGCUCAUGUCUCUGCUCACAUCCAUUUCUAUGCCCAAAUGUCCUUCCCCUUUCUACUCCUCUGACUUCUUCAGUCUCUCUUUUUCAGCCCCAACCCUCAUGUUUCCUUUUCUAUUAAACUUUACCCAAAUAUGAAGAAAAGUGAUUUCUGCCUCCUUAAAUAUCUCUUAACUCUUCGUCUGAACUCAUGUCCCUUUUAUCAAUUACUUAUAUUUAUAUAUUUCCUGUAAUUAAAAAUAGAAUCAGGAUCUCCUACCAACAGAGAAGUUCUAUGAGUUCUCCUGCUUGUGAGUGACAUUAUGUUGAUCACAUCCAUCUCCAGAAUACUCCAGGACCUCCUUGGUUAUGUUUAGUCACUUAAAAGAGGUUGGCCCUAAUACCCCACUUUAUAGUAAGCAGUUGCAGGGACAACCAAUUGAGAUACAGUACCUAUAUCUUGGCCUAGUGAUCCACAUGGACAGUGAGUUGGGUCCAGAGUUGAAUUGUAGAGUGUGCCACAUUGCAUUAAGGAAAUUACACAGAGCUUGCCAUGCUCCCAAACUGCUUUUUGCAAUAAAGAAUUCAUAUUUUAA